AUGCCAACAAGAUUCAAACUGAACACCGGUGCCGAAAUUCCAGCCAUAGGGUUUGGAACCUGGCAAGAUGCAGGUGAGCAGGAGGAUGCCGUGGCAGAGGCAAUCAAGGCAGGAUAUCGCCAUAUUGACACUGCCCGUGUAUACGGCACCGAAAAAGCCGUGGGAAAAGGAGUGAAGAAGAGUGGAGUCCCACGCCAGGAUCUUUUCAUAACGACCAAGCUUUGGAACAACAAGCAUCACCCAGAUGAUGUCGGACCUGCUAUGCAGCAGUCCCUUGAUGAUCUGGGCAUGACAUACGUGGAUCUGUAUCUUGUGCACUGGCCUGUAGCCUGGAAGCGAGGCGAGGAGCUUUUCCCUACACAGGACGGCAAGCCUGUGAUGGAAGAUAUCGACAUAAUUGACACAUGGAAGGCUAUGGAGCUCCUCCUCAAAAACGGCAAGGCCAAAGCAAUCGGAGUCUCGAACUUUGACAAGUUUGAGAUGGAGCGAUUGAUCAAGAACAGCUCCAUUGUUCCUGCAGUGCACCAGAUGGAGUGUCACCCAUGGCUUCAGCAGCUUGAAUUCACAAAGUGGCAUCGAGACAAUGGCAUCCACAUCACGCAUUACUCGCCAUUUGGAAACCAGAACACUUUCUAUGGCGAGAAGGGAGGGACAGCGAAGUUGAUCGACGAGCCUGUUCUGGCUCAAAUUGGUGAUCCGUACAACAAGACAGCCGCUCAGGUUGCUCUCGCUUGGGGAGUCACACAGGGCCAUUCCGUGUUGCCAAAGUCGAAGACGCCCUCCAGAAUCCGGAGCAAUCUGCAAGGAGACUUCAAACUGAGUCCCGAUGACAUGAAGAAGAUCGAGAAGAUUAACAAGAAGAUUCGAUUCAAUGAUAGUAGCGGGGAAUUUGGGAGGGUGUUCUUCACGGGUUUGGAGGGAAAGAUUGGAUAG